AUGCACGCCGUAUCACUCCGACACCAUCUCGGUCUUUGCGGCAAACGUAUCUUCCGAAUCCGAGGAGCCCCAGCCUCCCGACAUUCACAGGUAUGGCCCCCACGCCCGGCUCUGCUCGGCAUAAACCAACAUCCCCGCCGCCCCCGUGACCCCCGAUCUUCCCGAUCCGACCCUCUUGUCGUUGUCAUACCGGAGGGGAGCGGAAGCCUGGAAACAGAUUACACAGUCAGCACGCAUACCUCGGUUCCCAGAGCUGUCACUACACUUGAGGCUCGCCCGCAUUCCGCCGCGAAAAUGGAAACAAACAUGGCACAGCCCGUUGCAGGCAGCUAG